AAAUGUGUCUGCUGAAUUUCACCGCGCGGCUUCCAUUCAGGCACGAGUUAGACUCGCGGUCGCCGAGCGCACGCUGCCAUUGGACUGUUCGCGCAUCCGUCCGAGGAUCCGAGGGAGGGUUUUUACGUAUUGUUUUUUUUAUUUUUUAUUUUUUUUUGCUUCAGUACGGGAGCCGAGUGGGGACCGGCUGGUUACGCUGCGGCCGUAGGUCUCCACCCGAGAGUAUGGCGGCUGAGCUUGCACUGGAGCGCGGGGGAGAGACGGAGACGUGCCAGCGAGGCUGAACAACAAACAAAGAGACUCAAGUUUGCUUCUUCAUGGAGUGUGGACACUGUGUCCCCCCCGCGGCGGUCUCAUGUCUCCACUUUAAUACAGUGGCUUUAACACAGCGUUUGUCCCACUCUGCCCUCGAUGGAGCAAGUUUGUGUUGUUCUCUCCCCCUGAUGUGCGCUGAGGAGUGAGGCAAGCACAUGAAAACCACGCAUCAUCGGCUCGUCUCCUCUUCCUUCCCGUGCACAUUUGUGGACAUCGGUGGACAGCAGUGCUCCGCUGCUGCUGCUGCCGCUGCUGCUGCUGCUGCGGCUGUCAGUGUGUGUCUGGCCUGCUGCAUGCGCUCAUUUCUACAAUGAAAUCCAUCUCGGGGACACGGAGUCUUUGUGCUCUGCCAUAGCUGAGCAAGCGGCGAGCGGAGACUGUGUUUGCGGACAAACUACAUGUCCACAAAAUGGGACGCGGCUGCUGAAGGUGAACAUUUUGACUUCGUUUCAAUGACGCGCGGAGACUGAGACCCCCCUGAACGGACUUUAGAUUCUAAAUCCACAAUGCGCGAGUACAAGGUGGUGGUGCUGGGCAGCGGAGGGGUCGGGAAAUCCGCCCUCACUGUGCAGUUUGUCACCGGGACGUUCAUUGAGAAGUACGACCCGACCAUAGAGGAUUUUUACCGCAAGGAGAUCGAGGUGGACUCGUCGCCCUCGGUGCUGGAGAUCCUGGACACCGCCGGCACGGAGCAGUUCGCCUCCAUGCGGGACCUUUACAUCAAGAACGGUCAAGGAUUCAUACUGGUCUACAGCCUGGUCAACCAGCAGAGCUUCCAGGACAUAAAGCCGAUGAGGGACCAGAUCAUAAGAGUGAAAAGGUACGAGAAGGUUCCUGUGAUCCUCGUGGGGAACAAGGUGGACCUGGAAAGUGAGCGGGAGGUAUCGUCCAGCGAAGGCCAGGCUCUGGCCGAGGAGUGGGGCUGUCCAUUCAUGGAGACGUCGGCCAAGAGCAAAACCAUGGUAGACGAACUGUUUGCGGAGAUUGUUCGGCAGAUGGACUACGCCGCGCAGCCAGACAAGGACGACCCCUGCUGCUCGUCUUGUAAUAUACAAUAGCCCCAAAGGCCUCGAGGAACAGGCCAGGCAAAAAGUCAGCAGAGAGAGAGAGAGAGAUACACUCUCGGACACACGCGCACAUGCACAUGCCAAUUAAACAGAAGACAAAUUCAUGGUUGAACGCAAUGGAUGUUAACUCUACGGAGCAUAAAAUCUGCAGUGACAUGAUUAUUAAUAGUGAGUAAUGAAUACCAUAUGAAAGGAAUGCCAGGGAUUUACUGCAAGAGAAAGUGACAAAUGACACAAAAGGUUCAUGCCCCUCGCCUUAUGUUACGUUGCUUUUCUUGUUUUUCUUUUCUUGUCAUCCUUCUACACUUUAGGUUGUUAAACAAUCUGAUAUUAAUGAGUAAAAAUGUUUUUCUUACACAAAAACACCCCAAGAAGCAUUGUUUUCUCACCAUGACUCAGUUCCACUGUAGCUACUGUUCACUAACCCAAUAACACUUCUGGGAUCUGGUUAUUUUAAACAUUGAGGAGAAUUUGAUUUGCAGAUUGCAGCUUUGGUUGUGCACUGGUUGGUGGGAUGUUUUUCUAUUCCAUCGCAAGUCCGAACCAAAGAGGUGACCUUAAUGCACCUCCAUUUUAUUUGUCGGCCAUUGGGGGGAAAAAGCGGGAAUGGAGAGAAAAUGUUUGAUAAAUCAUCUUUCUUGAAACAUUUGGUGCAGUUAUUUCUUUCCUACUUUCUCACUUUGAGAUUUAAUAGCAAACAGCAUUCACGUGAGGUUUUGUUUUACUCUCUGGGAAGUUUCUGACGGCUUCAUGGUGUGGCAAAGAAUUCAUCUUUUCAGUGUUUGAAUAUCUCUACAGACUUUAUUUUACGUGAAGAUGCCAACAUUUGUCAUACAUUUUCUUUUGCUCUCCUCAAUAUGAUCUGGGGUGUUAAUCCCAUUCUCAGUGUGCUCAGAGUAUUCAUAUUCAAAUCCAUAGUAAUGAAAUAGUUACGACGAAGAAGGUGGUGAUACUAAGAAUAAUAAAUGGUAGUGUAAAUAUUUUCUAUUGAAAGUGCCAGCUCCUAUGAAGACACUGACUCAACAUGUGGAAUUGUCAACUGUAUGCAUGGCUCGUAAACAAAAAAAGGACUCUUAUUGUUUGAGAUUAACAUAGGCUGUGGACAUGUGCAAACCAAACACAUACACACAUCUGGAACUGGACAUUUUCUCCACUGUACAUCUGCGCCGCCACGGGAACCAGACUUUUCCCCCCCGUGUGACCAUUUUCAUUGUUGAUUUUAUAUUUUUUUAUGUGACCAUUUACUCUUUAUUCCCUCUCUGAAUGGUGACACUGUUACAUUUGACACCUAAACAAUAAAAGUGCUUUCAACACUCAA